GAAAAAGAAAAUCUUUAAAAAGGUGUAUUAAAUCUGAUUAAAAUUAUGAGUGAACAUAAUUAUUAUCAAAAUAAUAAAUCAUCUCACAAUAGUGAAAAUGAUAAUGAGUUUCUUGACGAAAGUAUUAAUGAUGAUGACUUUGACAUGGUUUUAUUAACUCUUAUAAAACAAUACCCAUAUAUAUAUGAUCCAAACAAAUUAAAUCAAGAAAAAAUUAAUUUAGCUUGGAAUAAUAUAUCUGUAGAAAUGAAUGAAAAAGUUGAACAGUGUCAAGAUCGUUACAGAAGAUUAAGACAAUAUUUCUCUAAAGAACGUAAUCGAAGAGAAUUUGUUGCUGCAGGAACUAAGAGAGAUACAAAAGGAUGGGCUUUAUAUGAUUGUGCUUCGUUUCUGAACCCUUUUAUAAUGAAAACAAAACCAAAACUUGAUAUUUUAAUUGCACAGACCAUUCAAAAAAUUGGAUCUACUUUAAACACAGUAGCAGAAAGACUGCAUGAAACAUCUACUCUGCCUGACAAUUUAUUUGACACAAAUUAUUUGGUUGGACGUAUUGUUGUAGCACAGUUAAAUAAAAUGAGUCCAAAGUCAGCGAAUAAGAAAAGAAAGCGAAUAGUCAAGUGUCUGUAUAGCAGUGAUAGCGACAGUAAUUAAAUUAAGCAUUUUUUAACUUAAGUAAAUUUAACACUGUGUGUAUAAAUUUGUUCUAUUGCAAUAACGAUAAUAAAUAAAAAUUAUUACAAAUUAAAAAUAAAUAAUAUGAUUUUUAUUUAUAUUUAAUAUAUUACUAUCUUCCAACAA